GGGCACGUUCUGUACGCUUCUCAGCUUUUGGGACGGCCCCAGAGGAUAAUGCAGGUGCCAUUAUGGCCACUGCCACGUACUAGAAAGAACCUUGGUUGUGGAGACCUGGCGCUGAUCUGUGUGACUUCAGACUGUCUCUCCUCCUUUUCUGAGCCUGUUUCCCCUUGUAUGAGGCAAGGGAGCCUAUUGCGCAAAACAGGCCAUAGUCACGCUGCUCAGAGUGAAGCAGGUGGCGGUGGGGGGACCUGGGACUCACCCUUCCCUUGGUUUUCACAGAAGCCAUCAAGAUGCCUCCAAGGACCCCAAGGCUCUAAGGGACUCAGGAUCCUCAAAGCCCCCUCCCCCUUGUUCAUAUUGCCUCCCUGCUAGCUCGCAUCCCUUCAAAGACAAAGCCAGGUGGAGGCUCCUCUCUGGCCAGUGGCAGUCUGCUUCCUGAGCUACUGUCCCCUCUCCCAAACAGGGUGAGCCUCCCCCUUGCCACUCCCACAGCUCUGCUUGAGGCAUGGAACACCAGGUUUUCGGCUCAUGUGCGAUUCUUCCCACUUCAGGCCUCAGUGUCUCUGUGCGCAUGGACCUGUCAGACUCAGGGGACUGCAGAGGCCUGUCCAGCUGUGACAAUCCCUAUUUCCCAGAACCUGCCCCCACAGGGGCGGGGCAGCGAACAAGUUACGAAUUUAUUCCGCUCUUCCUCUCAAGUUCAGAAGCGGCCUGCCAGGCACCAGAGCCAAAAUGAAGACCCCAGCCCCUGGCCGCGCCUGCGGCAUCGUGCUGGUCCUGCUCUCGCUGGCCACCCUCCAGACCCUCAGGGCCCAAAAGAAUGACAUCGACAUCUACAGCCUCACUGUAGACUCCAAGGUCUCAUCCCGAUUUGCCCACACAGUCGUCACCAGCCGGGUCGUCAACAAGGCCAGUACUUUGCAGGAGGUCACCUUCCAGAUGGAGCUGCCCAAGAAAGCCUUCAUCACCAACUUCUCCAUGAUCAUUGAUGGUGUGACCUACCCCGGUAACAUCAAGGAAAAGGCUGCAGCCCAGGAGCAAUACAGCGCAGCUGUGGCGAGGGGAGAGAGCGCCGGCCUCGUCAAGGCCACUGGGAGAAAGACAGAGCAGUUCCAGGUGUCAGUCAGUGUGGCGCCCACUGCCAAGGUCACCUUCGAGCUGGUGUAUGAGGAGCUCUUGGUGCGGCAUCUGGGAGCAUACGAGCUGCUGCUGAAAGUCCAGCCCCAGCAGCUGGUCAAGCACCUGCAGAUGGACAUUUACAUCUUCGAGCCUCAGGGCAUCAGCUUUCUGGAGACAGAGAGCACCUUCAUGACCAAUGAACUGGCAGAGGCCCUCACCACCUCACAGAACAAGACCAAGGCUCAUGUCCGAUUCAAGCCGACGCUGUCCCAGCAGCAAAAGUCUCCAGAGCAGCAGCAGGACACAGUCCUGGAUGGCAACUUCAUCGUCCGCUAUGAUGUGGACCGGACUGUCUCCGGGGGUUCCAUUCAGAUCGAGAAUGGCUACUUUGUGCACUACUUUGCUCCUGAGCACCUGGCCACGAUACCCAAGAAUGUGAUCUUUGUCAUUGACAAGAGCGGCUCCAUGAGGGGCAAGAAAAUCCAGCAGACCCGGGAAGCCCUCAUCAAGAUCCUGGGUGACCUCGGUCCCCGUGACCAGUUCAACCUCAUCAGCUUCAGUGGGGAAGCAACCCAGUGGAAGCCACAGCUAGUGCCAGCCUCGGCUAAGAACGUGAAUGAGGCCAAGAGCUACGCCAGUGGCAUCCAGGCCCAGGGAGGGACCAAUAUAAACGAUGCGAUACUGAUGGCCGUGCAACUGCUAGAGAGAGCCAACCGGGAGGAGCUGCUGCCCGCAGGAAGCGUCACCCUCAUCAUCCUCCUCACCGACGGCGACCCCACUGCGGGGGAAACCAACCCCUCAAGGAUCCAGAAGAACGUGAAGGAAGCCAUAGAUGGCCAGCACAGCCUCUUCUGCCUGGGCUUCGGCUUCGACGUCAGCUACCCCUUCCUGGAGAAGCUGGCACUGGACAACGGUGGCCUGGCCCGGCGCAUCUAUGAGGACUCGGACUCCGCACUGCAGCUCCAGGACUUCUACCAAGAGGUGGCCAACCCACUGAUGACAUCGGUGGCCUUCGAGUACCCAAGCAACGCUGUGGAGGCGGUCACACAGGACGCCUUCCGGCUGUUCUUCAAGGGCUCCGAGUUGGUGGUGGCCGGGAAGCUCCGGGACCAGAGCCCUGAUGUUCUCUCAGCCAAAGUCAGGGGGCAGCUGCACAUGGAGAACAUCACCUUUGUAACGGAGUCCUGCGUGGCAGAGCAGGAAGAGGCGUUCUGGAGCCCCAGAUACAUCUUCCACAGCUUCAUGGAGAGACUGUGGGCGUACCUGACCAUCCAGCAACUGCUGGAGCAAACAGUCUCCACGCUAGAUGCUGAGAAGCAGGCUCUUGAGGCCCGAGCUCUGAACUUGUCGCUCAGCUACAGCUUUGUCACCCCGCUCACGUCCAUGGUGAUCACCAAACCCGAAGGUCAAGAGCAGUCUCAGGUUGCUGAGAAGCCCAUGGAAAAUGAAAACAGACACAGGAACGUCCACUCAGGUCACACUCUCUUCAGACAUCAUUCCAUGGGAGACAGAGCGUCCAGAAUAACAGGAGGCGGCAGUGCAGACCCUGUCUUUUCUAAAAGAAGAGGCUGGAGAGGACAAGCUGGAGUUUUCGAUAAGCUGUACAGCUUCCCAACGAGAUUAGGACCACCUGGACCUCUUCAUCCUCUUCAUCUUCCUUAUCCAUCCCACCGUACGACUUUGGGACCAACGCUACCAGACGUGAUGUCACGGCCAUCAGCUACCUCAUUUCCUGAUGAAGUGUCUCAUGACAUGGACUUAAGAAUCAAAGAAACAACCACAGCAACCACACACCCCGCCCCCAUCCAGCCUCCUUCCGUCAUCCUGCCGCUGCCUGGGCAGAGCGUGGACCGGCUCUGUGUGGACCUCAAGCGCUCUCAGGGACCGACAAACCUGCUCUCAGACCCUGGCCAAGGGAUUGAGGUGACUGGCCACUAUGACACAGAGAAGGCCCACUUCUCGUGGAUUGAGGUGACCUUCAAGAAACCCCAGCUGCAGGUUCGUGCAUCCCCUGAGCACGUGGUCGUGACUCGGAGCCGAAGAAGCUCUGCAUACAAGUGGAAGAAAACUCUGUACUCGGUGAUGCCAGGUCUCAAGAUGACCAUGGACAAGGCGGGGCUUCUGCUGCUUAGCAGCCCUGACAGAGUGACCAUCGGCCUGCUGUCCUGGGACGGCCCUGGGGAGGGGCUCCGGCUCCUUCUGCGGGACACUGACCGCUUCUCCAGCCACGUCAGUGGGACCCUUGGCCAGUUUUACCAGGACGUGCUCUGGGAGCCCGUGGCAGCAGCAGAUGACAGCAAGCGAACACUGAAGGUCCAGGGGCAUGACCACUCUGCCACCAGAGAGCUCAAGCUGGAUUACCAAGAGGGGCCCCCAGGAACAGCGAUUUCCUGCUGGUCUGUGGAGCUGUAGUUCUGAUGCAAGGAGUUAUGCCCACCCCCAAUGCUGCCUGCUGGGUGCAGAUGGCUACUACCCUGCGACCACAGGGCCACCUGUGGGUCCUGUAACAUCGUGGGGAGAGCAGUCCAUGUGUCUGUGCUGACAUCCGAUGACUGUCCACCACAUAGAAGCCCAGGAAGUCAUGGUGGAUGGGCUGUUUCUUCCAAAC